UAGAGAGAUGCCAAACAAACAGAAUUGAGUCUCGCAUGUUACCGCAGUGAAUGUCUCAAGCGGAAUCGUAUAGGCCUAUCAUCUUGGAAUUACAGGGAUGGAAUAAAAAUGAAAUAAUUACAUGCUUCUUGCAGUGUUAUGGAUAGCGCGCUAGAAAAUGCGGAGGGUUGUCAUGAUGCAGGGAAGCAUGCAGACUUUCCCCCGGAGUCCAAGGAAUCUCUGGUUUGUAAAAGUGAAUUUGGACCAAGUCAAUCGGCGACCGUAGAGGUUAAACUGGAGGCAAAUGAGGACUGUCGAUACGAGAAUGACUCUCCGACAGGAUCAGAAACAGAGGAAGAUGAGGAAGAUGAAGAUUUUCACCCGCCUUCAUCAGUGUCCAGCAGUUCGGACGUUUCAGAGGGCUCGUGGGAGAUGGGCGUGAAGGGAGAAGAGAUGCAGGAUGACAGCGAAAGUUCUCUGACGGGGGAGAAUUCAGAAUGGAAACCACCAAACAAACCUGUGGCCAAACGAAAAGGGAAGACGACUUCUACAACAAAACAUCAGACAACACCAGACAAUCCCCACCAAUGCAGCACAUGUGGAAAGAGUUUUACUCAAGACGCCGAUCUCGUAGAACACCAACGAGCCCAUUCAGAAAAUCCAUAUCUCUGUACCACAUGUGGGAAAGCUUUUGCAGAUAAUCGACGUCUUACAGUACACCAACGAGUUCACACUGGAGAAAAGCCUUACCAGUGUGCUAUAUGUGAAAAGUCCUUUUCAGACAGACGUGUUCUUAAAAGACACAACAGGGUUCACACUGGGGAAAAACCAUACCAGUGUACGACUUGUGGAAAAGCCUUUGCACGGAGCAGCUCUUUAAAUUCACACAAGAAAGUUCACACUAAGAAAAAACACAUUUGUCCAGUAUGUGGAGAGGCCUUUGCUGGUGAACACAAGAUGAAGAUGCAUCAGGCAGCUCAUACUGGUGAAAAACCUUAUCAAUGCACCACAUGUGGAAAAGCCUUUGGACAUAAACAAACUCUUAUAAUACACAAUCGAGUCCACACUGGAGAAAGGCCUUACCAGUGUACUAUAUGUGGAAAGUGUUUUACAGACAAAGGUGAUCUUAAAGUGCACAACAGGGUCCAUUCUGGAGAAAAGCCUUAUAAGUGCUCUACAUGUGGAAAGGCCUUUGCAGACAGACGUGACCUUAAGAGACACAAUAGGAUUCACUCUGGAGAAAAACCUUACCGGUGUAUGAUCUGUGGUAAAGCCUUUGCCACUACCACCUCUCUAAGUUUACACAAGAAAAUCCAUACUGGGGAAAAGGAUCAUGUGUGUACUACCUGUGGAAUGGGCUUUAUAACUUUUCAAGACUUGAAAAGGCAUCAGAGAACUCAUACAGGAGAAAAGCCAUAUCUGUGCAGCACGUGUGGAGUGACCUUUGCAACCACAUAUCGUCUUAAUAGACACCAGCGAGUCCACACUGGAGAAAAACUUGAAAAACGAUAUAGUUGCUCCACAUGCUCGAAGGCCUUUGCAGAUCGAAGCGGCUUGGAGAGACAUGAGAGAGUCCACACUGGAGUAAAACCAUAUCAGUGCUCCACAUGUGGAAAGGCCUAUGCAGGCAAAAGUGAGCUGAAAGGUCACCUGAAAACGCAUACUGGAGAAAGGCCAUAUAUUUGUACCGCGUGUGGAAAAACUUUUGUUAGACUAUACCAUCUCACAAGGCAUCAACGCACUCAUUCAGGAGAUGAUGCAGGAUGGAAACCACCAAACAGAACUGGGGAACCUGUGGAUGAAGGAAAAGAGGAACAAAGAUACACAGAGAGAGGCCAUCUCCUCAAUGCUGAAAGACCAUACCAGUGCACCACAUGUGGAAAAGGCUUUACAACUUCAGAUCACUUAAAGAGGCAUCAGAAAAUUCAUACUGGGGAAAAACCAUACCUAUGUUCUGUAUGUGGGAAGACUUUUUCUGUAAGAUACUAUCUCAUCGUACACCAACAAACUCAUUCUGGUGAAAAGCCAUUUAAGUGUAGGAUCUGUGGAAAGGCCUUCACUCACUCUAGCUGUCUUAGUAAACACAAGCUCGUCCAUACGGGGGGGACUCAGCAUGCGUGCCCUACAUGUGGAAAGGUCUUUGCUCAUGCAAACUUAUUGACAAGGCACCAGAGACGCCAUACAGGAGAAAAAACGUAUCAUUGCAAGAUAUGUGGAAAGAGCUUCCUACAUGAAUAUGCCUCAAAACAUCAGAAAAUUCAUAUGGUAGAGAAGCGUCAUAAGUGCAGCAUGUGCGAAAUGGCUUUUACAACCACUUGUCAACUCAAGAGGCAUCUGCUGGUCCACACUGGAGAAAAGCCGUACCAGUGCACCUCAUGUGAAAAGGCCUUUGCAGACUUGCGUACUCUAAAACGCCACCAGAGAAACCAUACUGGAGAACAACCAGAUCAGUGUAACGUAAACAUUCCAGGGUCGACCUUCAAUCCAUUCACACAUACUCCAGGGACCAUCAUGAAUCCGUCAUCACACUCAGCUGGUCCCAACUUUACUCCUCUGACUAGGUCCACCAUGAAUCCAUCUGCAGGGUCCACCUUAAAUCCAUCUACACACACUGCAGGGUCCACCUUCAAUCCAUUCACACACACUGCAGGGUCCACCUUAAAUCCAUCCACACACUCAAUUGGUCCCAGCUUGACUCCUUUGACUGGUUCCAUUUUAAAUCCGUCCACACACACUCCUGCGUCCACCUUCAAUCCAUUCACACACACUCCGGGGACCACCGUGAAUCCGUCAUCACACUCAGCUGGUCCCAACUUUACUCCUCUGACUGGGUCCACCAUAAAUCCAUCUGCAAAGUCCACCUUAAAUCCGUCUACACACACUGCAGGGUCCACCUUAAAUCCAUUCACACACACUCCAGGGUUCUCCUUAAAUCCAUCCUCCCCGUCAACUCUCCGUCCGACUCCGAGUCCUUCUCCUUCUGGUCCAACUUUGAGUCCUUCUCCAGCUGCGUCUCCCUCAUCAGUUAUAGACCCGACUCUGAGUCCUUCUCCAGAUGGUCCGACUCUGAGUCCUUCUCCAGCUGCGUCUCCCUCAUCAGGUAUAGACCCGACUGUGAGUCCUUCUCCCGCUGGGCCGACUGUGAGUCCUUCUCCCGCUGGUUCAACUGUGAGUCCUCCAGAUGGUCUGACUCCGAGUCCUUCUCCAGCUGCGUCUCGCUCAUCAGGUGAUGAUGCAGAAUGGAAACCAUCAUACAGAAAUGGGAAACCUGUGGUCAAAAGAAAACGAAGACAGGCUUGUGCACCUAAAGGACAUCCUCGAAAAGACCAACUGAAGAGAGUUCCAGAACACCAGAAGAGUGCAACAGAGCGCCUGAGAACAUGUACCAGAGUUCUGUGUUCCAUAUGUGGACAGACCUUUACGAAAAAGGAACAUCUUAUUGCUCACCAAUGUUCUGGUGAGCAUCCAUAUAUGUGUAGCAUAUGUGGAAAAACUUUCUCAAGCAAAGGCGUUCUCAAAAGACAUCAGACGGUUCACACUGGAGAAAAGCCACAUCAGUGCCGUGCAUGUGGAAAGAUGUUCACACGACGAGAACACCUGGAAAGGCACAGUCUUUGUUGCGGAGAACCACGCAAUGAUGCAGAAUGGAAACCAUCAAACAGAAAUGGGAAACCUGUGAUCAAAAGAAAAGGAAGACAGGCUUGUGCACCCAAAGGGCAUCCUCCAAAAGACCAACUGAAGAGAGUUCCAGAACACCAGAAGAGUGCAACAGAGCGCCUGAGAACAUGUACCAGAGUUCCGUGUUCCAUAUGUGGACAGACCUUUACGAAAAAGGAACAUCUUAUUGCUCACCAAUGUUCUGGUGAGCAUCCAUAUAUGUGUAGCAUAUGUGGAAAAACUUUCUCAAGCAAAGGUGUUCUCAAAAGACAUCAGACCGUUCACAUUGGAGAAAAGCCACACCAGUGCUCUAUAUGCCAGAAGACCUUCGCACGACGAUUUCAACUGAUGAGACAUGAGGAAACCCACACUGCAGAAAAGUCACAUCAGUGCAGUGCAUGUGGAAAGAUGUUCACACGACGAGAACACCUAGAAAGGCACGAGAAAAGAUACACUGUUAAACCUGUGGGGCAAAGAGGAGAAGAGGACAAAAUACACCAAACCGAAAAAGGCCGUCUUUGUUGUGGAGAACCACGCAAGUCACUCCCUUGCACCACGUGUGGAAAGGAGUUCUCAUGUUCCAGCGCCCUUGAGAAUCACCUUAGAAGCCAUACAGGGGAAAAGCCUUAUCUGUGCGCCACGUGCGGAAAGACUUUUUCUCUCAGCAGCCAUCUCAUCUCACACCAGCAUAUUCACUCUGGAGAAAAAAAAUUUAAGUGUACGAUCUGUGGAAAGGCCUUCACUCAAUUCAGCUCUCUGAGCAUACACAAGGUGAUCCACACAGUGGGAAAGAAGCAUGUGUGUAAAACAUGCGGAAAAGUCUUUGCUCAUGCGCACUUACUGAGGGCGCAUCUUAAAAGAGUCCAUACUGGAAAACCGUACCACUGUAAAAUCUGUGGAAAGACUCUUACAUAUGACUAUGCUUAUAAACACAAGAAAAUUCAUACGGGAGAAAAGCGACACAAGUGCACCACCUGUGGAAUGGCUUUUACAACAAGUCAUCAACUGAAGAGGCAUCUGCUGGUCCACACUGGAGAAAAGCCAUACCAGUGCACCUCAUGUGGAAAGGCCUUUGCAGACAAGCGUACUCUAAAACGCCAUCAGAGAAACCAUACUGGAAAACAGACAGAUGUGUGUAAUGCAUGAAAAAGCCUUUGCUGACCAAUUUGAUGUAUAAUGUCACCUAAGAACUCAUACAGUCAUAUAAAUAAGUUUAUACAGCCUUUAGAUUUUCUCAGAUUUGAAUUUCAAUUGUCAAUUUUGUUGGCCAUAAGAUGUCACAGGACAGCAAGGCAUUGGUAAGUACACCCUUGCAUUCAAUAGGUGUUGACCGUCUUUUAGUUAAAAUAACCUUAACCAGAUGGUUCUUGAAGUUGCAGAUCAGAUGGACAAAGCAAUCGGGAUGAACCUUGUCUCCCACUUCUUUACAAAACUGACCCUCUUCAGCAGUUUCUGGGAUGUCUAGAGUGAAUCAGUUAUUGAGGUCAUGCCAUAUCAUCUCAAUUGUUUAUUUGUCAGGGCUUUGACUUGGCUAUUCCAGAUUCAAUUGUUAAGAAGUUGCUGUAAAGUUGUCCUGUUUCAGCACCCAUUCUCUUGUGCGCUUCAACUGUGUGACAGUGUUUUUCUGUGAAAUAUCUCAAUAAAUGUGUCAGUUCAUUGAUUCA